GCUGCCCGGCCGUAGGUGCCCGGCGUAGCGAGGUUCAGGCCGAGCAGCCGUUGCGAGGAACGCAGUCGUGGCCAUGAAGGAAGAGAAGGAGCAUAGGCCUAAGGAGAAGCGAGUAACCCUGUUAACGCCCCCGGGGGCCACAGGUAGUGGCGGUGGGACUUCGGGGGACAGCGCCAAAGGGGAAGAUAAGCAGGAUCGCAAUAAGGAGAAGAAAGAGGCGCUGAGCAAGGUGGUAAUUCGAAGAUUACCUCCCACUUUGACCAAGGAGCAGCUUCAGGAACAUCUUCAACCUAUGCCUGAACAUGAUUAUUUUGAGUUUUUUUCUAAUGAUACUAGUCUGUAUCCUCAUAUGUAUGCCAGAGCAUACAUCAACUUUAAAAACCAGGAGGACAUUAUUUUGUUCAGGGAUCGCUUUGAUGGUUAUGUAUUCCUUGACAAUAAAGGUCAGGAAUAUCCUGCUAUAGUAGAAUUUGCACCUUUUCAAAAAGCUGCAAAAAAGAAGACUAAGAAAAGAGAUACCAAAGUUGGGACUAUCGAUGAUGAUCCAGAAUAUAGAAAGUUUUUGGAAAGUUAUGCCACAGAUAAUGAGAAAAUGACAUCUACUCCAGAGACACUGCUAGAGGAAAUAGAAGCAAAAAAUAGAGAAUUAAUAGCUAAAAAGACAACCCCACUUUUGAGCUUCCUGAAAAACAAGCAGAGAAUGAGAGAAGAAAAGAGAGAAGAAAGGAGGAGGCGAGAAAUAGAAAGAAAAAGACAAAGAGAAGAAGAGAGGAGAAAAUGGAAAGAAGAAGAGAAACGAAAAAGGAAAGAUAUAGAAAAACUAAAGAAGGUAGACAGAGUUCCAGAAAGGGACAAUAAAUUAAAGGAUGAACCAAAGAUUAAGGUACACAGGUUUCUGUUACAAGCUGUGAAUCAGAAAAAUCUGCUGAAGAAGCCAGAAAAAGGAGAUGAAAAAGAGUUGGACAAAAGAGAAAAACCUAAGAAAUUGGACAAAGAGAAUCUGAAUGAUGAAAGAGCCAGUGGGCAAAGUUGUACAUUGCCCAAGCGAUCUGAUAGCGAACUUAAAGAUGAGAAGCCAAAGAGAGCUGAAGAUGACAGUGGCAGAGACUACAGGGAGAGAGAACGGGAUUAUGAACGAGAUCAGGAGCGCAUACUUCGAGAAAGGGAGAGGCUGAAGCGGCAAGAAGAAGAGCGCCGUAGGCAGAAGGAGCGUUAUGAGAAAGACAAGGCUUUUAAAAGAAAAGAAGAAGAAAUGAAAAAAGAGAAAGAAGCACUUCGGGAUAAAGGAAAGAAGAAUGAAAGUACGGAAUCAUUAGGCAGCUCAGAAAAAGCAGAAAAGAAAGAGGAAGUGGUUAAGAGAGAUCGCAUAAGAAACAAGGAUCGCCCAGCAAUGCAGCUUUACCAACCGGGAGCUCGAAGCCGAAAUCGACUCUGUCCCCCUGAUGACUGCACCAAGUCUGGAGAUUCAGCAGUAGAAAAAAAGCAGGAAAGUGGUAUUAGCCAUAGAAAAGAAGGAGGAGAGGAGUGAUAAGUCCAAAUGGCCUUAGGUGUCCUGACUGUCUCGGCAGCCAAAGAGCAAGUGUUAAGCAAUCCAGAAAUGCCUUCAGGGCAAAGGAAUAGAGAGAAAGAAAGGGAGUCGCUGCGCUGGUGGGGUACACUGCAGAGGAGUAUGUUUUGCGUCAAAGCAGGAAUCUGAUCGCAGGUUUAGAAUUGGAAGUACAAUUUCAUUGUUUUUGAAAUUUCUAAAAAUUAAUUUUAACAUGUCAGAAAAAGAUGAUGGCGAGGACAUGCAUUACAAUUUGCAGGAGAGAUGCAGCUGAAUUUUUGAAGGAAAAAAAUUU